ACGACUCUCUUGGAGGCUGAUUCAAAAUGGAGUAGGGUUUACGGGUACUAAUCCGAAUCCAACCGAAAUAGCUUUACAGUCGUAUUUUGAAUCGUUUUUUACAGAAACAGGUUUGUUAGUUGCUGGAAAAUUACGAAGCCCUGCAACAUGACAGACGAAAAGAAGUCCAGCUCUCUAGGUUUCUUUUCCAGCUACGACGAUUUAAGCGACAGCAGCGAUGCCAGCGACUCCGACGAGGAGGGAGACAGUCGGAAGAAGAAACCGGGAUCAGAUGCUGCGGGAAGCGGAGCCCAGUGCUCCCAACACGGGACCAAACGAGCCGCCGGAGGAGCUCCGCUACCCAAACCCGACGAGCUGUUCGGCUCCGUGUCCAAGCCCGCGUUUCUCUACAACCCGCUGAACAAGGAGAUCGACUGGGAGAGUCUGACGGUCAAAGCUCCUGAAGAGCCUGCCAGAGUGUUUAAGCCAUGGAAGACGAACGCUGUACCCCCUCCUGAGAGCUACACCGCAGAGCCAGAGAAGAAGAAGGGAGCUCCCCCGGGCAUGGACAUGGCAAUAAAGUGGUCCAAUGUGUAUGAGGACAAUGGGGAUGAUGCACCACAGCCAUUCACUGGCAAUGCCCGGUUCUUACCCACAGAGGAGGAACUUCCUGAAUCAGAUGAGGAAUCAGAUAAGCUAGACCUGUCUGCCAAGAAACGACGAGUGGAGACCUUCCAUCAGAAGGAGAAGAGGAAGAGGGACAUGGGACAAGCGACCUCUGACAAGAAUUUCGUAGAGGAGGAGAAAAGGAUCCUCAGGCAAAAUAUAGAUUGAGGCCGAAACUAUCCUGCAAACAAUCUGUUUCUAAUUUAAAUAUUUUAUGUCGGCUGGAAACGCUCACAGCUAUAAGCACAGUGGUCAAGUAGGUGGUAUGCUGCAAACAUAAAUAGGCAUUUUACCUACAAGUUGAUAUCUCUUGCAAUAUAUAAUAGUAUGUAUUUUGUUUUCAAAGGACUGUCCGCACACUUUUAAAAAGUAUAGUUAAUGACAGUCCCACUGUUAAAGUUUCAAUUUAAGAACUCAGGUUCUGGUAAAUCUCCACGGACUAUUUUCCCAAGUUUAAGGAAAAUUCAGGUGUUUUACAGUCAGGGUUGUCAUCAUCGCUCUUCGAUUUUACCCACUUAACAGGGAUGAGUGAUAUCACGAGGCACAGCUUUACAACGUGUACUGGACAUUACCAAACAAGGGAUUAGACAGGUUUUAUCCCAGUUUGGGAUCACCUUUGCUUUACUUUCGAAUAUGUAGUCUAGACAACAAGGUGAAGUGAGAGUUUAAACCUGCCUGAUUGCUCUUGUUGGAGUGUUUGCAAAGAAAUUGGUAAAUAAAAUGUUAUCAUAACCUGUAAUGAUGAAGACCAAAACUGCAACAAACGAUUUAACUUUAAAAGAGGGUUUAGCCUGCAACAUAAAUGUGGUUAGUUGGCUUUACCUCCUGUUUGCUUUAAUUUAACGAGCUAAAAUAACAGCGACAUCCAGCUGUGGUGGUUUACUUUGUCUGUGUUCGUCUUGUAUUAUAUAAAAUAUCUAAUCAUCACUGACAUAUGAAAUAUGUGUGCGUGUUGUGUUAAUACAGUGACUUUCCUAUAAAAAUGUGAUUUAAAAUGGCUGUGAAUCUGUUGAUAUGACAUUUUUAAAAGCUGCUUGUUCUUCCUGCUUAUGAGCACUAGAUGUCGCCCAUAAGCUAUAAUAGAAAACACUCCCUCCAUGUUUGUAGUGAAGUCUCCUUCACUUGUACUGUGUGAACAUUGGGCACCCAAAAUACAGGAGGGGAGUUCUGAUCUUCAAUUUGGAAUUUGGAAGUUAGUAUCAUCUCAGUUCUCUUGAGAUACUCGAUGCAUACAGACUGUUUAUUCAGUCUCAUGUACCUUGUAUUACACAAUACUUUUCAUCUGUGUGAAAUAAAACGUCUUGCAUGUGUAGUAUCCAAAUGUUUUUGGAGCAUUGAACUGUUUAAGGAACCUUUGGUUUCUUCCUGCAUAUCUGCUCAAUCAGUGUAAACGGUCGUAUGCAGAUCAUUUUAUAGUUUGUUUUUAGUGUUAACUGUUCAUCAUAAACCACUUGGGCAAUAAAAAGUAUUUU